AUAUAUAUGUCAAAAGAUGACACAAGGUAUGAAAUAGCAAUUGUACAUCACUUUUUGGUUUAUUAAUGGGACAACAUGAAAUAAGAACAUAUUGAUAUCUUAACAAAUUUAGUACGGGUUGUGUAUUGUGACGUCACAAAACAUUUGCUGGGCAAAUUUUGUUAUAUAGCAACGACUGUGUCCAGGAUAUUGCCCUGUGACGUCACAAUGUCAUGCUUAGAUGAAAGGUAUUGUAUGGCAACCAACAUUGACCAGUCACAUUCUCUGUUACAAAUGUGUUUUGGUAUUGUCAUAGACAUCAGGCAACAAGAUGGCUGAAAACAUUUUUUAUGCUGGACCAGUUUAUGUAAAUGCAGUAAACCAACAGUAUUUAUAUUCAAGUCAGUUCUCCCAAACUGGAAAUACAUCUAUGGGCUUUCAACACCCUAUACAUGACCAAACUGUGGGCUUUGAUCAAUCUGGACAGUCUUUGGGCUUUGAUCAAUCUGGACAGUCUUUGGGCUUUGAUCAAUCUGGACAGUCUUUGGGCUUUCAACAACCUGGUCAUCCAGUACAAACAGUAAAUCCUGUCACUCCAAUUAUGAUCCCUGUAAAUUUUGUUCCUCUUGGGCAACAGUUGAAUAUAUUUAACAGAGCAGGAUACCAGGGUUUUGCUUUUAAUGUGAUUCCUGGUAGAUAUGUAUUUAUUCCACAGAAUAGGUUUUCUUCUUAUAAUCAGCACAUACCAACAAAUGAAAUACAACAAUCAGUUACAAAUGGAAGCAGAGAACAAUCUGAAGAAUGGAAUCAAGCAUUUUCAAGAGUUUCUGAAACCGCUGACCAGUACCUUGGAAGGAAUGGAAUUACACAUUUUGCUAGACAACCGUCAAGUCUGAAUGCUCAAAACCAGUCAGAAACUACUGAUACUAUUAACCAGAAUUCAGCAACUCAUAUGCCAACUCCUCUCUCUCAAGGAAGAAGUAAUUACAAUGGAAAUAUUUAUAAUGAAACAGAAUUCCACCGAAAUGACUCGUUACCUAUUUCCCAUCAAAAUUUAAAUAGCAGUUCAAACAUGUUUGUUAACUAUCAUCAAGAUGAUGUUCAUCAGAGACAAAACACAUUUAAUCAAGGAUCUUUUGUGAAUUCAUCAUAUAACCAAAACGCUGGUCACUUCCAUGACCAGUCAGGAAAUGAUAUACCUAGUGCUAAUACUAAUAGGAUAGAGAAUUCUCCAUCUUUACAUGAUAUGUUUCAAGAACUUGUGCAUUUAUAUUUUCAUGAGACGACAAAUUGGAUUCAAGCCGUCAUAUUCAAUCAUCCUCGACAAACAAGAACUAGGUCGUUACUUGGAGUUAUAUCAUCAUUGGUAUCGGAAAAUUUUCAUACAGUUCUUCAAACCGUUUUAAAUGGAUUUUUCAGUGGAGUGCUUUUAAGUCAAAAUUUUGCAUUCAGGCAAAUUUCAGAAACUUUGCUGACAAUUGAAAACUCCAGAGCAAUUACGUAUAACUUAGCCCUACACCUACGAGCACAUUCAAGAAUCUUUAACAUAUUUCUGUCUCCUACCAGGUUAUUAGGAAGAUUUGCCGAGGUUGUCAAUAGUACUACAAGAUGGAUGAUUAUGAAUCAAACAAAUUCAAUACCUGAUAUAUUGCCAUGUCCUGGUACAAGAAGACAAACAAGAGACAGAAACUCACAGCAAACAAGAGAGGCUUCACCAGAACGACGUGCCUUCCAACCCCCACACAUGAUGACAUCACAGAUUCACCCUGCGUCCUUACCAUCAAAUCAUCAUAGGACAGGACAAAGACCAAUAUUAAUGGAACAAAUGCCAGUUACAGCUCCUGUUUCUAUGACACCAUUUGCUAUCCCAGUAUGCACAGGGCCACAUCAUAUCCCAGUUUGCACCACAGCUCAUAUUCCAGUGUGCAGUAGCCAAGCAACAUGGUCAUUUCCUGCCUGCAGUGUUCCGAUACCAACUUGUAACCUGCAGCAUAUUCCUGCAUGUAGUCUGCCACAGAUACCGAUUCCACAUCACACGUUUCCACCUCUGUUUGCUCAUCAUCCUCAUAGUCUAGCCAACCAUUUACCUCGACAACAACAUAUGUCGCCACCAACAACACAGUUUACAGCCAAUCAUAAUCAGCCACAUCAUCACCAUCAUCCACAUCCUCAUCAACAGCAUCAUCAACCAUUUCAUCAGCGCCAGGAAGAAGAAUUACAAAUGAUCCAAGAUCAUCAUCGCCAGGCUUUCCAGUUGCCACUACAUCAUCACCAUCCUCAUCAGACGCCAUUCACACAUUCACCCCCAGUAGUGCUUCAGGAACCUAACAUUCAUCCAGCUCCACAUGAUUUAUAUGGACCCUUCCAAAGACACUAUGCACGACCACGCAUGGGAGGACGAAGUGGAAGAUUGCGGUCAAUACCAUUACCUCCACCACCUUACCCAGGAUUCCUUCUUCACUUCCUAGCAAUGUUAAGCAACCCUCCAAUACCUCAUCUUGGAAGAGACUUUAAUGAUGAAGCAACAGAAGUGGAAAAUUAUGAGGCAUUAUUAAACUUAGCCGAGAGACUUGGAGAUGCCAAGCCCAAAGGGUUAACAAAGCCAGAGAUAGAACAACUGCCAGCCUAUAGAUUUAAUAAGGAGAACCAUAAUUCAGACAUGGACCAAACCAACUGUGUUGUCUGUAUGUGUGACUUUGAGAACAGGCAAUUGCUCAGAGUACUACCUUGUAGUCAUGAAUUUCAUGCUAAAUGUGUUGACAAAUGGUUGAAGACUAACAGAACUUGUCCAAUAUGCCGAGCAGAUGCUACAGAAAUAGUUCAGUCAGACUGAUAAUUCAAACUGUUCAUUUUACCAGGGUAAAAAUAGUUCCACUGUAUGUCUUUUAAUUACGCAAAUUAAAAUUCAUCACAAAGCAAUCGAAAGACAACAGCACAAGAUAAUCCUCUUGAUUAACAGACAUACUAAAAAAAGGAUGGAAAUUUAGUUUGUAAUUUUCUUCCAUUGUACAGAUAUUGGAGACAUCUAAAGCACCGUGAUUGUAAUACUCAGGAAUAGAUUAUUUUACACCAAAAUCUUAGGUGCUUUACUGUCUCAUGUACUGCAUGACCUUUAACCUUCAUACUGUCAGAGGUCGAUAUAAGCUUUUCUCGUUCGUUAGAUUUAUUAAAGGAAAUGUUUGAAUGUGUAGAUGUUAACUGCAUGCAUAUUAAUUUUUUUUGUUAUGUUCAGUAUAUUAAAAUGUUCUUUUGUAUUUGCUGUAAACUUGAUCCUAAUUUAAAAGUAUUUUGUCAAAAUCUUGGCUCAUUGUUACAAUAUAUUGUCAAGAGGAAAAAGGUUAGACCUGUUUUGUUUUUUGUUUUGUUUUUCUAUGAGAUGUGCCAGUGUUUUUUUUAUUUGUAUGAAGUCAGCCCUUAGGGUGUUGAAAACUUAUUUAUGUGUUCUUUUAGUUACAUCAAUGUAACAUUAACAAAUUAAUAUAAAAUUUAUGUGAAAUUAUAUAGGAAAAUGGUGUUAGCUGCUUUAACACAUUAAAUACAUAUAAUCAAAAUGAUUGAUACACUUAUGUUGUAGAUGUAAUAAAAUCGCAUAAAACUUGUCAAAGGGAGAUAAGUCUAGUUAAAUAAUGAACAGGACGUCAACAAUGCAAUACACAAUAAUAUGCUUGUUUACACAUAUCAUAAUAUGUAUUUUUUUUCAUCUCUCAUGUUGAAUUUGAAUGAAAGUCAUCCUGUUUUGUGAGUUUACAAUUUUUUUCAAGAAUAUUUCAUAUGCUGGUGAAACUAUUGCAUACUUGUAAUCAAAGGACAGAGAAACGUUGAAUAAUUAUUUUGUUUUUUUGUUUGAAUGUCCUUUACAGCUGUACAGACAUGCUUACAAUAUAAGACGAGACAUUACACAUAAAUAUAUGUAUUUUACCUUAAGAGUUCCCCAUGAAUAGAUUAUUGGCAUUAUAAUCCAUUGUAAAAAUAGGAAUUUUUUUUUAAUGAUAGUGGCAUUUUUAAAUGUUUAAGCUUGGUCAAAUAUAUAUUUUCACUAAUUCUUGUAUAGCGUAUAAUUGAUACAUAUCAUUAAUGGUUUAAUCAUUUUUCUUAAAAACAAGGAACCAUUUUAUUUAGAAGUUAGACUUUAAUAGCAUAGUAUUGAAACUUAGGAAUUGAUUUCUUUCUUUUUAUUAUCCAAAUCUUAUAAUUAAUACAUAAGGGAAUCAACAGAUUGAAGUAACAGCUUUUUUUUUAUUUAUGUCCUAUUCCUUUAUCAUUGGUUAUUUGAUGAUCAUGCUAUUCCUUUCUCUGUCUGAUUUAACUAGAUUGGAUCAAUAUUACGCUUAUGUUUCCUCUUCCUGGUUAAUGAUCUGUAGUGGGUAUUUUCUUUAUUGUAACCUUAAUGAAUUAUCUUAGAUAACAUAGACCGAGGUGGUGCAAAAAUAUAAGUUAUAUUGGAUUUCAUAAAACUUUAUUUACUCAAACUAAAAAAAUGUUAUGAUAAUUGAUUUAGAAUUAAAGUUCUAUGAAACCCAAGAUCAUCACAUUUAUCUAGACAAGUAAAAUGAUACAGGGAGAAGUAUUUUGUUAUUUAUUUAGACGAUUUAUUUCCAUUGUUUUUGUUGAUACAUUUUGUUUGAUAUUACAGUGUUUAGCCUUUGUUGGAUUUUUUUAAAUGGUUGUUAUGCAGGCCAAAAGAAACUCAUUUUAUCUGCAUUCAUUAUAUAUGACACAAAAUCAUUGACUUUGUUGUUCACUGUUUGAAGAUCCUGUACAUUGAAUAAUAACAUGGCCAUUCUUAUAGAGAGAAAAAAUUUAUUAUACUGGUACAUGAAUUUUUUUUUGUAAGUUCACAAUAUUUGAAGCCUAGAUUUAUAAUCAAUAGUAAAGAAUUGGUUUAGUUGUUUAAGUUCAAAUGAAAUACACUAGAUCACUGAUGUGAAGUUCUCACGAAACAUUAGAAUUGUGGAGAAUUUACAAAGAGAAGUUACUCUAUUUAGAUUUGACUUAGCUUGCUUGUAAUACUAUGGGUAUUAAAGUCUUCAUUUAAGAUUUCUAACAUUAAGAUAUAUUUCCUAAAUGAAAGGGAAACUUUUAUGAACAGAAACUGUCAAAAGUUCAGAGAAGCCAGUUAGGUUUAAGCGGUAAAUUUCUUUUAGGAAAAUGCUGUAAAUGUUUUUUCAAUUUUGUCUUUUAUUAUGAUGUGUCGUGUCGUCAAGGGUCAUAUUAUUUUUGCUUUGACACGUUUGUGAGAUUAAAUUAAAUUAUAAUCAUUUUGUAUUUUCUGAUUUAGUAUUUUUGUCAUUUUAAGAAAUACAAACUUCGCUACCUCAAUCUUGUAUAGGACAUCAAGGCUUUAAAGGAUUCACCUUAGAAUGCAUCUGUAGUAAAACCCUCUUCCUCUUGUGGCUUAUUAAAUGUAUAUAUUAAAUUUUACAGUUUCUGGACAAAUGCAGUAACUUUAGCAGGUGCCUUUUUCUAAUAAUAAAACAUCUGAGGUGUUAAACAAUAUUUUACAAGAAUGAAAUAUAUUUCAAUGAAAAAUAGUGGAUAAAAUCAAUGAAAUUGAGCAAACUUAUAUAUAUUUUUUGUCAAAAACUGCUAUGACAAUGAGUACUGCUAAUUUGUCCAGAAAUCUGUAUAUCUGUAAAUGGAAGCUUAUGUAAUUGUCCUGUACAAGGCUUUUUUUUAUUACUCCAUAGUAUUUUUCCAUUGAUAUUGACACAUUGUACAUAAGCAAAUUUUAUUACUAAUCCACACACAAAUAUAGAAAACGUUUGUUGUUAUAUGCAGGAAGAUUUUAAUAUUUUUGUGAUGAGAGCAAAAAUAUAGAGUUUUAUAUAAGGCUUUACUGAUAUCAUAUUACGCUUUGUGUAGGUUAGAGUUUAUUAAAGUGCUAAUUCAGAUAUUUAUUAUAUUAUUUUGUUUAUAGUUGUUUGAAUUAUUUCCGUUUUCACAUUGUAAACAUUUUUGUUUUUCCCGUUUGAAAGUGAUCUUAAUCUGAAAUGAAAUAAUUGUUUGUUGUAAUGAAGUAAGUAAACCAAAUAUCCCUGAAUAAUGUUAAACUUGUUCCCUGUCUCGCUUUCAUCUACCUCGGGUCUGUUCACAAGAUUAGUGAGCAAUCAAUUAUUCCAAAAUGGGAACAGCCAUAAAAUAAAAUGUCUCUUCUCGUGUUCAAAACAAAUUUUGAAAUUUAGAUUUUUUUUAAAAUGCAAGCCAUUUGUUGGAGGUACUUAUUUGUUUUUUAUCUUCUAAAUGAAUUCUUUAAUUUGAGGUGUUUUUUUUUAUUACACAUGAAAUAAAUGGAAAAUAACAUGCGUCUGUGUGUUCAAAUUUUUUGUUUUGAUAAACCACAAAAUCUAUGAAUUGAAGUCAGCACAUUAACAUAGAAAACAGUUUAACCCUAAACGCAUAUAUUUAAUUCAGGUGUAUUGUAGGGUUUUUGGCCAGUGUCAGUUCUUGUUGUAAGCAAUGGUUCAAGGAUUAAAGUAAUUGUUAAAUCAAAAUGUAGAUAUAUAGUCUUCUUUUUAAACUUUGAACAAACAUAUUUAAAAUUGCUGGAACCGGUGUUUUGUUUGUGUUAUCAUUUGUGUAUUACUUUACAAAUUUAUAGUAAAAUUAUGAAAUUUAGAAGGUUCUUGGUAUCAAAAAUAAAAUAAACAAAAAAAAACUAUUUGAAUGAUCUUAUGCACUUCAAAACUUGAUUUGACUAUGUUAUAAUUUUCAGUGAAUUCUUUUGAUUUUUGCCUUGUAGUUUCUUUUAUUGUGUAAACUAUUUUUAUUCUACUGAAUUUAUAUACAAUUCCAACAGACCAUUUUAAGAUGAGCAAUAAAUUACAAAAACAAGAGAUUUGUUGCCUAUUAUUUACAUAUGUUGCCUGAAUUUAACACUCAAAAACUUUGUAGUACUGUAAAUUCAGAAAUUUUUGUGUACAUUUAUUAUUGCGAUUUUUUAAACAAUGGACAAGAAUGCAAGUUUAAUUUCAGGAAAUGUUAUUAACAGAUAACUCGUAUCAAAAUUCACAUGCAAGGUUUUGCUUUUGCAAACCUAUCUAGUUGCAAUUUUCGCAAUAAUAAAAAAUGUCAAAAUUU